UGGCUUCCUCGCCUGUCAUUUUCGUUCGUCGAUAGCAUUUUUGAGAUUCGUGUCGUGUAAUUUUACAAUAAUUAAUAGCUAAAAUGUAAUAUGAAGUGUACAGAAAAGUUUGAAUAUCACUACAAUUGAUGUUAUACGUGUUUCUUUAUAAUAUAAGUUAAAAUAUAAAUGAAACCAACAUGUCGAUUACAACAGUACAGAACCAAACAAAAACUAAUAAUGGAACAGCAACGAAGCCUCAGAAGACCUAUGGCAAGAUUGUGCUCACCCUCCACAACUGUCUUUUACCUGAAUCCAUUUUUAAACAGACACCAUCACAAGUCGAUGGACUUGACAUUGAAACCGAAACGGACCUACGAAUUUUAGGUUGUGAAAUGAUUCAAACUGCAGGUAUCUUACUUAAAUUACCCCAAGUAGCGAUGGCUACUGGUCAAAUGUACUUACAAAGGUUCUAUUACUCGAAAUCUUUCGUUAGAUAUCCAAUGGAGACUACAGCUAUGGGUAGUAUAUAUCUGGCGUCAAAAGUCGAGGAGAAACCAUGCAGAAUACGUGAUGUGAUUAAUGUUUUCCAUCAUAUAAAACAAGUGAGGGCGCAGAAAAACAUUUCACCUUUAAUAGUUGAUCAAAAUUACAUAGAACUGAAGAAUCAGGUAAUUAAAGCGGAGAGGCGGAUACUAAAAGAAUUGGGCUUCUGUGUACAUGUAAAACAUCCACACAAACUUAUCGUUGUAUAUCUCCAGCUACUAAAGUAUGAAAAGAAUAGACAACUCAUGCAAUUAGCAUGGAACUACAUGAAUGAUGCACUCCGAACUGAUGUGUUUAUGAGAUUUGCUCCUGAAACUAUUGCCUGUGCUUGCAUAUAUCUGACAGCCCGUAAAAUCGGUCUGCCAUUACCAAAUAAUCCCCACUGGUUUCUUUUAUUCAAAGUACCUGAAGAGGAUAUUAGAGAAGUAUCUUUAAGAAUUUUACAAUUGUACAAGAGACUUAAAGUGAAUCCCGAAGAUUUAGAAAACAAAGUGGAUGCUUUAAAGAAAAUCUAUCAAGCUAACAAAUACAUACAAGCACAGAAAGAGAGAGAAGCAAAGGCAGAAGAGAAGAAGGCUGAUUCUCCAGCUGCAUCAACUUCUAAAGACAGUAAACGGGAUAUUAAAAAAGAGAAGUCUCCAAAAACUCCUCCAUUAUCAAAGUAUCACAGUAGUGGUCAUAAGAAACGUGAACGGAGGUCUCGAUCUCCUUAUGAUCGUAAACGAGACUAUUCAAGUAAACGGCAUAAGUCUCGUUCAAGGGAUAGGGAGUUAGAUCGUUCCCGGGAAAGAAGAAUGGAUGAUAAGAGAAGUCGGAUGAUGUCAAGGAAGUAUGACGAUUAUGACCGUGCUAAAUCAAGUCGGGAUGGACGAGACAGUAGGGAUGAAAAGCGGAAACAUUAAUUGUAAAUCACUUUUAUUAAAUGUAUAUUACAUGAAUACAUGACCUUAGAAUAUA